CAAAGAUGGAUCUUCAACUCUCAGUUUUUCUUUUUUUCAUUCUAUUCACUGGAGGACACUCUCUCAGCUGUUAUGAGUGCAUCAGUGUGACGGGUUCUUGUGCAGAUCAAACAGUAACAACAUGUCCCAGUGGAUCUUCUCAUUGCAUGAGUUCAACAGUAGUAACGCCAAUUGGAGACAAUACUACUGAAGUAAAGUUUAAAGGUUGUGCUCCAUCAUUUUCCUGUCUAUACCCAAGCUUCAGCAGUGCAGACGUCUCUUUUUUCUGCUGUAACACAGACCUUUGUAAUGCCAAAAAUGCAGAGCUUUCUGGAGAUUCCAGUUCUAAUGUCGUCAAUGUCCCCAAUGUCCCCAACAUCCCUAACUUCCCCAAUUUCCCCAAUGUCCCCAACAUCCCUAACUUCCCCAAUUUCCCCAAUAUCCCCAAUGUCUCCAACGUCCCAAAUGGAAAGAAAUGUUACUAUUGUUCUGGGAACAGCUGCUCAAACAUAAUGGACUGUUCAGGGACUGAAGACCGCUGCUUUACAGCAACAGUGGCUUAUGGAGGCCAGUCAGUUGUUGCAAAAAGCUGUCUCUCUAAAGCAGUUUGUGAUGCCGCAACAUCGAAUCCUAAUGUUGCGAGCGUCUCAUGUUGUGAGGGGAACCUGUGUAACGGUGCUCAGAGUGUCUCCCAGAGCUUCCUGUUCCUCUGCUGUUCUCUGCUCUCCUACUUCCUGCUGCACUGAAUCCAGCAGCUCUUCAUCCUACAAUCAGACACACUGUACUGAAUAUAGAGCUUGUAUUUUCUCUGAACUAUCUUUGGUGUUCUGAUGUGAUGAACUGAAAAGUAUACUGGAAAUCGCAGGAAAUGGUACGUCAUCAGCUUGUUUCUGGUUUAUAUUUAAUAAAGCUUGUCAAGUUGAAAAGAUAUCUGAUAUACUGCAAUAAAGUGAUCAUAAAAGUAAAUAUUUUAUUAGAACAUGAUUUAAUUCUGCACUUGCAACAUCCUUUUUUCCUUUUGGAACUGUUAAAAAAAAUGUAAUAGUUAUUUCAAUAAAAUGUCAACUGCAUUUAGCAUCAUUUAUCAGCAGGUGGCAGCAGAUGAUAUUCUGGACCAAAAUAACACUCUUGCUUUCAGCUCAAUGCAUUUUUCUAAAUUGUGCUGUAUUGAUAUGCUGUCAUAUGAAAUGAAAGUUAUGAUAGUCUUUUCUACAUUAUUGUGACAUAUAUCCAUGUGAAACGUCUUCUGGAAUAAGAAAAAAAAGUAGGGUGGGACUUGAUUUUUUCCAGGAAUUGAUUGGAUGGUUGUGGAUUGCUAUUGGUGGAUCUAUAGUAAAUGACAGGUUGUUCACAGAAGUAAACAGGUCAUCAGAGAAGAGAUGUUGCUGCAAAAGAGAAAUUAUUUUCACUAAAGAUUGAGUACACAUUAAUUUUUUUUAAAAAAUGAUGAUGUGCACAAAUAAAUCUGCAAAUUUCUAUUAAAAAAAAAAUAAUGGCCAAUUUUCAUUUCAUGGUGACUUUUAAGUGUUAAGAAACAGUUUUAUGAAGCUUAGUAUCAUCAAUGCAUGAAUUAGUGAUGGAUUUAUUUUUUGUCAUGGCUGUUCACAGCAUGCUGGGACCUCAAAUGAUCCAGAAUGCAGCAGAACAAUCAGUUUUCAAUGAGCAAAGAGAGUUUACUUCUGCUUCUGUUGUCUGUCUUGUUACUGUUUUUGAACUACAAAUGGACCAAAUCCUCAAUGCAUGAAAGUGCCCUAGUGAAAAACAAGUGUACUUAAAUGUAUUCAACUGUAGGCUACUUGCAGAUAAUGAUAAUAAAAUAUUAAUGAAAUAA